ACUAUUAAUUACCCAGUCUGCCUGACAGGGAAAAGUAGCACGUUUAUGGAAAAUGACGAGCUGCUAUCAGAUUGCUGGUGGAAUCCUCAUUGCAUUUGGCCUUUUAAGUAUUUUUUCAGGGGUCAUAGCAUUUUUUCCAGUUUUUAGCUACAAACCUUUAUUUAUUGGCUGGAGCGUACGGAUUGCUUGUCCUAUCUGGAAUGGGGUGCUGGCUUUUUCAGUUGGCAUCCUUGCUGUCUUAUCAUACCGGGAAUGGAUACAAAGAUCGCUGUGGGAAUCCACAUUCACCUUGAGCCUGCUAAGUAUCAUUGGAGCACCGGUUCAGUUUGCAGUGGCCAUUGCAUCAAUUCUCAUUGGCCCUUACUGUUAUUAUACUUUCGCAGGGAUGUCAGCAACCAACUAUAUUGGCUACGCUAUUAAAUAUCCUUUCCCAUAUGCCAAGUUCCAGAAUGUAUGCCAAGACCCCCUUCACUACGAAUGGUACCACCUGGCUCUACAAAUUGUCGACCUGCUGUCAAGUGUUCUAAUCUUAUGCUCUUCAUUGGCAUUGGUAAUCAGGCUCUCUGCCAGAAUACUGCGCACAGGAACAUUUAAUGGAAGAAAAACUAUUUGGUGAGGAGAUUAUACUGCAAGUAACUGCUGAUAUUUAA